CACAGUUGAGACUCAUCCGGCCUUUAUUUUGAAAUACGAAAGUCGACCCGGAAGUGUUUAAACGGCAAGUUCUUCCUACGAUAAACAUGUCUGCUUCGGUCGCCGCGAAGAGACCCAAAACCACGUACCCUCAGACCGGGGAGAGGCUGGACUGGAGGAAAAAGAAAGUGCAAAUAAAGGAAGCCAAGAAGCAAAGGAAAGAAGCCAAGCUCAUCAAGCAGUUGGAAAAUAGGAAAAAACAAGAGGCUGCCCAGAAAGAGAAAUUGGACCAGAAGCCGGUCAAUAAAGGUCCUCCUUACACCGUGACUGUUGCUCUUCCCGGUUCUGUCCUGGACAACGCUCAGUCGGCCGAGCUUCGAACCUACUUGGCAGGACAGAUUGCCCGAGCCUGCGUUGUUUUCUGUGUAGACGAGAUCGUCGUGUUUGAUGAGCAUGGAGAAGAUGCCAAGAGCGUGGAAGGAGAGUUUACCGGCGUGGGCCGGAAAGGACAGGCGUGUGUUCAGCUUGCCAGAAUACUGCAAUACCUUGAGUGUCCACAGUAUCUGCGCAAGAUGUUCUUCCCAAAGCAUCAAGACUUGCAGUAUGCAGGACUGCUGAACCCUUUGGACAGUCCCCACCACAUGAGGAUCGACGAGGAAUCGGAAUACCGAGAAGGCAUCGUCCUGGACAGGCCGUCCAGAGCGGGAAAAGGCUCUUAUGUCAACUGUGGGAUGAGGAAGGAAGUCAAGAUCGACAAAAAUCUGCAGGCCGGGCUGCGAGUCACCGUGCAUCUCAACAGCACUCAGAAGCAAGAGAGUAAAAACUACAAAGGGGUGGUGGUGGCUCCACACAUCCCCAGGACCAUCGGAGGGCUCUACUGGGGUUACACGGUCCGCCUGGCGUCCUCCCUCAGUGCAGUGUUCACAGAAAGUCCGUACAGGGAAGGCUACGAUCUCACCAUCGGGACAUCUGAAAGAGGCAGCCAUGUCGACACAGCCACUCUGGCCCCGUUCAAGCAUCUCUUGGUGGUUUUCGGAGGCCUACAAGGACUGGAGGCCAGUUUGGACGCUGAUGAAAAGCUGGACGUGACGUGUCCCAGCGUCCUUUUUGACCACUACCUCAACACGUGUCCCGCUCAGGGCAGCCGCACCAUUCGCACUGAAGAAGCCAUUUUAAUCUCCAUGGCAACGCUAAGAGAGAAGAUCGGGGCGGCUUUUUCUAAUAGCUAAAUAAUAAAAGAGGAAUGUAUUGCGUACGUAUAUCUACUUUUUUUUUUAAACCUAUUUUUGUCUUUGCAAAAUUUUAUUGAUGCAAAUGUUCACAAGGAAAUUCAUAACAUUUUAGCACACCCUUAUAUAUGCCACAUAACACACACACACAAGUGCAUGAAAUUUAACGUAUAGUAUUUGUAUAAAGCCUGUUUUUUUUUUUUGUUUUUUUUUACAAAAAAACAGUCAAGACCAACAUGAAAA